CCCAUUUGCAUCCAUUGCCUAUCUCUCUCUCUCUCCACUUUUGUUUUUUAAUUUCUCUCUCUAAAACUGCUUUCUGUUUCUGUUACUGUUUCUCUAACGGUUUUUCACUUCCCCUGGCGGGAAACAUACAUCUUUUUGAAAGAUUUUGCUGUCGUGUUACUGCACCGUUUUCUCUCGCUACUCCCAACCAAUAACUUGCAUCCACGUGUUGAAAAAAGACAGAUGAGUUCACCAGGACGAACACGAUUGGUUCUCACAAAUUACCCAUCAUGAUUUGGUAAGUACCAGAUGUAAGAGCCGGCGUUUAUAUAUAUAUAUAUAUAUAUAUGCUGUAAAGAAGCUUCAUCUCUCUCUCUCUCUCUCUCUCUCUCUCUCUCUCUUCUAUCAAGAAAUGGAGAAAACAGAAUCACCACCGUCUGAUUCAAAAACAGCUGCACAAUCACCACCGUUUGAUUGCCAUCAAGCAAACGAUCACGAUCAAUUUGCUUCCAAUUUCACCUCUCUCUACCACUCGAUUUUCCCGCCAAAACCUUCACAGCUCCCGAACUCGCUCUCUUUCACACCCUCCACCACCGCCUCCCCUUCCUCCUCCUCCGCCGCAGAUGAAAUCUCCACGGAGAACCGCCUCCGCCAAGCUCGACUGAUUCUCGACUACCAGGACCUCUGUGAUCACUACAAUCUCUCUCUCGCGCGCCUCCAAACCCUAACUAAUGAACUCGAGUUGAUUCGUCGAGAAAAUGCAGAUCUCAGAGUCACAAAUAGUGAGCUUGUCAAGCUUAUCAGUCUCUCCUCUGAAGCAGCCGUGAUGCAGCAUCAGAACCGUACUUUUGGAAACAAUCGUGAUGUUGCAUUUGAGAGAAGGAAUAAUGCUAAUAAUGUGGAGAGAGAAAGAGUGACGUUGCCGAAGAGUAUUUCCGUCAGAUCUAGUGGUUUUGUGAAGGUAAAUCAAGUGGUUUCUGGUAAUGUGAGUAACAAUGGAGGCGGUCGAGGUAGUGCUAGCAGUAACUCAACUCGGUCUCGUGUGGCGAGUCAACACGAUCAACUCGUUUCUGGAUCGAUGCAGCAGAGGGUGUACGUGCCAGGAGGAGGGAAAAAGAGAUCGGAGGAGGAAAUAGCCGCUGGAAUGGAGUUGGAGGUGUUUAAUCAAGGGAUGUGGAAGACAGAGCUAUGCAACAAGUGGCAAGAGACAGGCACCUGUCCUUAUGGUAACCAUUGUCAGUUUGCUCAUGGCAUUGGCGAGCUACGUCCAGUUAUCAGGCACCCAAGGUACAAGACUCAAGCUUGCCGCAUGGUUCUUGCUGGCGGGGUUUGUCCUUAUGGCCACAGAUGCCACUUUCGCCACUCCCUCACUGACCAAGACAGGAAAUAUUUCAAGUGGGGCUUGGAGGUAUUGUUUAUGAACAACCAGCCACCAACCUAAACUAGACCAAACUCCGAAGCUCGAUCUGUAAUGAUGACGAUUCUUUCGAUAUUCUUUCGCUACGCAACUUUCAUAAUUUCAAGUUGGUUGUAAGGUUUUCUUU